CUCUUCUCCCUCCAUUCCUUUCCUUUGCCCCAACCAUGCCAUAUUGGAGAGGCGUCGAGAUCUUAUCCCUCGAUCCAAUUCCAAACAGAAACCGCCGGAGCUGGAACAAGAGCCGCUCGCAGCUUGCUGGACUCUCCCGCUCCUGGCCCCGGAGCCGCCGGCCAUGGCCAAGCACAAGCAGCGCAGGGUGUACCAAGUCUGGAAAGGCAAAAACAUAAUACUAUGUGGUGGAAGGUUGAUCUUUGGACCAGAUGCCAAGGCCACCCUGAUUUCCUUCGCCCUAAUCGCCAUCCCUGUCCUUGUCUUCUGCGUCUUUGUGGCCAGACAUCUCAUACACAUCUUCCCUGCAUAUAACGCAGGAUACGCAAUUCUUGCUGCCACCAUAGGCCUUACCAUUUAUGUACUGUUACUGCUCUUCCUUACAUCAUCUCAAGAUCCAGGUAUUGUACCACGAAAUUCACAUCCACCUGUGGAAGAGUUCUCUUAUGAUGCUUCGGCUCCACAUGCUCUUCAGUUCCCUCGAGUAAAAGAGGUCAUGGUCAAUGGAGUUCAUGUGAAAAUGAAAUACUGUGAAACUUGCAUGAUAUACCGGCCUCCUCGGUGCUCGCACUGCUCCAAAUGUGAUAACUGUGUCGAGCGCUUUGAUCAUCACUGCCCUUGGGUUGGGCAAUGUAUUGGAGAGCGAAAUUACCGGUACUUCUUCUGUUUUGUUGCUUCAGCGGCAGUGCUUUGUAUCUAUGUAUGUGCAAUGUGUGGAUUGUACAUCAGGCUUCUCAUGAAUAGGGGUCAUUAUUCGGUGGGGAAAGCCAUUAAAGAAUCUCCAGCUUCAUUGGCAGUCAUGGCAUAUUGUUUCAUUUGCUUCUGGUUCGUCGGUGGUCUCACUGGGUUCCACUCUUAUCUUAUUGUGACAAACAAGACAACAUAUGAGAAUAUCAAGUACAAGUACAGCAACCAACCAAAUGUGUAUGACCAUGGUUGUGUGCUCAACUGCCAUGAGGUUUUGUGCAAAAAAAGGAAACCUUCUAAGAUCAACCUAAGAGCUAUUGUCCAAGAAGAACAAGAGGUAGCACGGCCACAGACCAGCUCUUCCAAUAUACGAGAAGAUGAGGCACCCCACCGUCCACGAGCCAAGGUUGAGGAUGAUCUAGAAAUGGGUCUUGACAUCCUCAAGACCACAGGGCGCAGGACGGAUAAAUUCAGCGAUGAGGAAUUGGAGCCUGCAACUGGAAGCAAUGGUAUUGAAUAUCGCAUGCCAGAUUCAGAGACUGAGAUUCCUGUUACCAGAACUAAGACAGAGAUCUUUAAUGAAGUUAGGGAUCUGGACUUAUCGGUUAGUAAUGGUGCACAAUCUUCAUCUCCUGAACAAGAACAGCACCCAGACAAACUUUGCUGAUGGAACAAAUGGUCUCUCUGCAUUUCCGUAGUGCAGACACCAAAUUAUUCACCAGGGCUGUGAAUGGUUGGAUUUGAAGGCAGAUUUCCUCCUUUGCCGUCUGCUUUCAGGAUUUAAGCCUUUGCUUGGCCAAUCAUAGAUUCAUAGGUGUGUAAGGAUCCUCCAGUUUGUGCGGUUUAUGGAGGUUCUAAAAGAUUCUAGGAACUGUUUGAGAUUCUUCUGGUGUGUGAAGGCUAAUUGUACAUAAUUUUCAUAGCUAUAUGAUCACUGAAAUGCAAAAUGCGUCCUCUCGGCAUGGGAAUGGGAAUAGGCUGUACCUGGUCUUUUCUAGAACCAUACACAUCAUUUGGUGAAUGCUCGAUCUAAAACCUUGGUUGUCGAAAGAAUUGCAAAU